GAAACCACAUAUAUACGUUAAUUUAGCGGUUUUCUCAUCACUAUUCACUUCCAGGGUUUAACCUUCGCUUCAGUCUCUUCAGCACCCAACUAUCUACACGCUGCCAUGGGCGUGCUCUGUAGUGCUCCAUUUUCAGACCCACUUGCCUGAAUCGACAUAUAAAACAAACAAAGCCCUCAAAACUUUGGAUUAUCCCAAAAACCUUUCUAAACCUUUCAAAACGGCUCCUUCUAGCACCAAGUUGGGCAGAGUUGCAGGGAAGAUGACUUUGGGAAUCUCCACUUCCCAAGCCUCUUCGUUUAGAACUCAUUGGCCUUCUUAUUUCUUUCUAAGGCGGUUUAGCCCUGUUUCUAACUCUUCUAUUUCCAUUUGUGCCUCUUCCAAGGCUCUCUGCAGAACUGAAUUUGCUUCCCUGAAGACUGUGGGUGGCGCUUCGCCAAAUAUGAAUGUUAGUCAUGCUUCCUUUCAGUUUAGACAAUGUUCUUUCUUGAACACCACUUCAUUUUCUGAAACUAGACAAUGUAGCAAGGAGAGGCCAUCUGUUCCUGUAAUAACUUGGGGUGAUUGUAUUGUCAAGAUAAGACAAGAGAAGCUCUUAGAAUCUAGGUCUAUGGGAACUGAGAUCCUGACAAACAAUGAGGAAGUAAAGCUAAGAAAAAGGGAAAAUCUCACCGACUAUGGGACUUCUCAUUGUAAUAACAAUCCUCGUCCUCCAUAUUCUAAGGUCCCAUCAAAUUUGGGAAUCAAACGUUCUAAUACCAGUAAUGUUUCUGAUUGUAUAAACCCUUCAACUAAUAUUUUAUCAAAUGGAUUCAGAAAACAAGAACCUAUAAAUUCUAAACGAACUGAGAAUGUUGUAACUAUGGAUAGGAUGGAAAGUAGGGCACCUUUACUUAAGACAACUGAGGUUUCAAGUGGUCAAUGUAAUGGAGACAUUAAUUCUUCUGCGGGGAGACGGUCCAUGACCAAGCCUGAAAACAAUUAUUUGCAUAAUCAGGAUGUUCUUACGCAAAGUAAGAAAAAGUGUACCUCUUCUCAAAUCAGAAAGGGAUCAAUUGUGCCUCGUGUACCAGAUGUUUCACCUAAUGGCAGAAACCAAAGUAUCUCUUUGGGAAAGGCUGAUAGUGUACUGAAAACUUUGAGAUUUACUGAAGCUGCUAAUGGGAUAAAGGGGAGUGUAGAUGUGGAAAAAUUGUCUAAAGGGAUCAUCAAUGGAAGUGGCACCAAGGUGACCGAAGCACCUGCAACUACAUGCAAGCCAGAUAUAAAGGAGAGGCUUAAUGGUGUAUAUGAUAGUGUUCUUGUUGUUGAUAGUGUGUCUGCUGCAACGGAAGUUGUUUCAAUGCUUACUACUAAGUACAGGAAUCUUGUGCAUGCCUGCGAUACUGAGGUGGCCAGGAUUGAUGUGAAGCAAGAAACACCCAUUGACCAUGGUGAAGUAAUAUGCUUCAGUAUCUAUUCAGGACCAGGAGCAGAUUUUGGGAAUGGAAAGUCUUGCAUUUGGGUUGAUGUUCUUGAUGGUGGCGGUAAGGAAAUUUUGCUUCAAUUUGCACCAUUCUUUGAAGAUCCUUUGAUCAGAAAGGUCUGGCACAACUACAGUUUUGACAAUCACAUUAUUGAAAACUAUGGGAUUAAGCUUUCUGGCUUCCAUGCUGACACGAUGCACAUGGCACGGUUAUGGGAUUCAUCGAGACGAGUGAGUGGGGGAUAUUCACUUGAAGCUCUUUCCAGUGAUAGAAAUGUCAUGUCUGGUGCUGAAUUGGGACAGGAAAAAGAGUUGAUUGGUAAAGUAUCCAUGAAAACAAUCUUUGGCCGGAAGAAGAAGAAAAUGGAUGGAUCUGAAGGCAAACUUGUAGUCAUUCCCCCUGUUGAAGAACUUCAACGAGAAGAACGGAAACCGUGGGUAUCUUAUUCUGCUUUAGAUUCAAUAUGCACACUGAAGCUUUACAAGAGCUUGAAAAAUAAACUGUCUAACAUGCCUUGGGAGAGAAAUGGAAAAGAGAUUCCAGGUCAAACAAUGUUCAACUUUUAUGAAGAAUAUUGGAAACCAUUUGGUGAACUUCUUGUCAAAAUGGAAACUGAGGGAAUGCUGGUUGAUAGGUCAUAUCUUGCCGAGAUAGAAAAAUUGGCCAUAGUGGAACAAGAGGUUGCUGCUAACAAAUUUCGUAACUGGGCUUCAAAGUACUGCUCUGAUGCCAAGUACAUGAAUGUAGGAAGUGAUGCACAAGUGCGGCAAUUGCUCUUUGGUGGCACCUGUAACAGGAAGAACCCUGAGGAGUUUCUUCCAAUUGAAAGGACAUUUAAAGUUCCAAACAGUGAAAAAGUCAUUGAAGAAGGGAAAAAAACUCCCAGCAAGUUUCGGAAUAUCACUUUACAUUGCAUUAAGGGUAAGCCUUUUUCGACAGAAAUUUACACAGCAUCUGGUUGGCCUUCAGUGGGGGUGGAUGCUCUGAAGAUCUUAGCGGGCAAGGUCUCUGCAGAAUUUGAUGACAUCACUGACGACUUGUGCUCUCACAAUGAGGUUGACAAUGAUUUUGAAAUGAUGCCUCAUGAAGAAAGCAAAGGGCAUAUGUCUGAUAAUGAUACUGCUUUGAAAGAAUUUAAAUCAUUGGAGGAGAGCAAGGAAGCCUGUCAUGCCAUUGCUGCUUUAUGUGAAGUCUGCUCUAUCGACACUUUGAUUUCAAAUUUUAUCCUUCCCUUACAGGGAAGCAAUAUAUCUGGUAAGAAUGGACGUGUGCACUGUUCUCUAAAUAUCAACACAGAAACUGGCCGCCUCUCAGCUCGGAGACCAAAUUUGCAGAAUCAACCGGCUCUGGAAAAGGACCGGUAUAAGAUCCGUCAGGCAUUUAUAGCUGCUCCUGGAAAUUCCCUCAUUGUUGCUGAUUAUGGCCAGUUGGAACUUAGGAUUCUUGCACAUCUUGCCAAUUGCAAGAGCAUGCUGGAAGCCUUUAAAGCUGGGGGAGAUUUCCAUUCAAGGACCGCAAUGAAUAUGUACCCUCAUAUUCGAAAAGCUGUUGAAGAAGGAAGCGUGCUUCUUGAGUGGGAUCCUCAACCUGGGCAAGACAAACCUCCAGUUCCAUUGUUGAAGGAUGCCUUUGCUUCUGAAAGAAGGAAGGCUAAAAUGCUUAAUUUUUCCAUUGCAUAUGGCAAGACUCCUGUUGGCCUUUCCAAAGAUUGGAAGGUUUCCUUGGAGGAAGCAAAGAAGACAGUUAACUUGUGGUAUAAUGAAAGAAAAGAAGUUCGUGAGUGGCAAGAUCUUCGAAUGGCAGAGGCUGCGGAGGAAUCAUGCGUUCGUACAUUGCUUGGACGAGCUCGUAGGUUUCCUUCAAUGAAGCAUGCUACUCGUUUCCAGAAAGGACAUAUAGAAAGAGCUGCUAUCAAUACUCCCGUGCAGGGUAGUGCUGCUGACGUUGCCAUGUGUGCCAUGUUGGAAAUAUCUAAAAAUUCACGUUUGAGGGAACUUGGAUGGAGGCUGCUUUUACAGGUUCAUGAUGAAGUAAUCUUGGAAGGACCAACCGAGUCUGCUGAGGUUGCUAAGGCCAUUGUUGUCGAGUGCAUGUCGAAACCCUUCAAUGGAAAGAACAUUCUUAAUGUCGACCUUGCAGUGGAUGCCAAGUGUGCACAAAACUGGUAUUCUGCCAAAUAGAUUUUUAACAAAAGAAUUUCUGACUAAACUAACAAACGUCAAAUGCUCCAUCAGUUCAACUUUUGGAUGCCUUGUGAAGGUUGUUUAUGCUAAGCUGAUGUGAAAUUUUCACCACCCUCCCUUCCUUGAGAAUGAUAAUGCUGGUGAUAAUUGAUCGUUGAAAUGGGGUGGCUUGUGAGGAAUGAAUGAAGAUUCCUAUUUUUUCAUCUGUGAGUGGCAUUCUGUAAUUUAUAUUUGUCUAAAGGUAGGCUUGUGCUUCAGUUUACAGCAAGGAAUUUUUCUUUAGCUCGUUUUGGAUGAAAUUGUUCUGAACAGAUGUCUAUGUAACUCAUCUCCAAGUGUAAUAUUAAGUAGUGAUGAAAUCCUUGUCUUGCGAUAAAAUGAAAUAUCAUUUGAUGUCUUGGUUAAA